CACCACCAGACAACCACCAGUCCACCAGACAUGUCUGGUAAAUAUUUACCUUGGUAAAUAUUUUGCGCGAAACACGGUCUACAAAUAAUUUUAGAUUGUGGUUUAGAAUUUAUUGUUGACAAGAUGUCGCAGAUUGAGAAACUCCAAAUUCAAGGAAUUCGAAGUUAUAAAGAGCCAGCGGUCAUUGAAUUUUUCACUCCUCUUACAUUGAUUGUUGGUACAAAUGGCGCUGGAAAAACAACAAUAAUUGAAGCAUUAAAUUACAUUACAACUGGUGACAUGCCACCAAACAGUAAGGGAGCUGCAUUUGUUUUUGAUCCAAAGGUUGCUGGUUCACAAGAGGUUAAGGGUCAAGUAAAGCUAAUGCUGAAGGACAUGAGUGGCCAUCGAAUUAUUGCUACAAGAUCUUUAGUGUCAACUCAGAAGGCAAAAAAAGUUGAAUGUAAGUCACUUGAGAAUGUAAUAAAACGGAACAUCAAUCAAGAGUGGCACCAAAUUAGCUCAAAAUGUGCUGAUAUAAACAAAGAAAUGGUCACUUGCCUGGGUGUAUCAAAAGCAGUUUUGGAUUGUGUAAUAUUUUGUCACCAAGAAGACUCGUUGUGGCCACUUAGUGAAGGAAAGGUUUUAAAAACAAAGUUUGACGAUAUUUUUGCAGCGACAAGAUACAUAAAAGCUCUUGAAGCUAUAAGAAAGUUGCGUAAAGAGCAGGUGACAGAAGUUAAAAAAUUUAAAACAGAACUGGAUUAUUUGAAGGCAAACAAAGACAAAGCAGACGAGAUUGCUGAAAGUAUGGAAAAAUCGUCAGAGCAGCUUGAGAACGCACAACAAAAAGUUGAUGAAUUGAAUAAUUCCAUCACACCUGUUGAAACCCGUUUACGAGAUCUUUCAAAAGUUCAGAAAACGCUGAAUGAGUUCGAGCGAAAAUUAGAUAUUCUACUUUCUCGCAAGAAAUCAUUGGUUGAAAUGAAUAAAGAUAUCGCUGGAAAAAUAACUAAUUUUUUUCAAGGGUCAAAACAAGAUCUUGAAACGUUUGCCAGGGAGUUUGAAAGUAAAGUAAAAAACAAAGAAACACAAUUGAUUGAGGUGGAAGAUAAUGUUCGUUUGAAAGAUCGUAAUUACUCUGAACUUUCUUCAGAAAAGAACUCGAUUUUAGUGAACCAUGGCAAACUACAACAAGAAGCGGCGAGGCACGAGUCAAAUAUAAAGCAGAGAGACGCGAUGAUCGUGAGGCAAUCAGACACAUUUCAAUUCGAAGGAUUUGACUCACCGCCAUUCUCAUCUGAAAAAGUGACGCAGUUCAAGGAAGCUACGAAAAUCAUGUACCAGAAAAUGAUACAAGAUGGCAAAGACUCGAAGCAAGCUUAUCAGAAACGUAUCGGCACAGUUCAGAGCACAAUAGAUGACAUCAAGAAAACGCUUUAUCAAUACGAGGAAACCAUUAGAAUUAAAACGAAUUUAUUGAGCGAAAACCAAAGAAAGUUAAAACAGGUUGGAAAAGACUUGAGCAAUGUUGAUGCUUCAGCGAAGAAACUUCAAAGAACUGAAAAGGAGUUAAAUGCUGCGGAGAAAGACUUGGAGGACACAAAGGCCAGCGGUAACGUCCUUCAAUGGAAAACAGAACUCGAGAAAUCACAGAAAGAAAAACGUCAAUUUGAAACAGAACUGAGUCGACUUCGAGAAGAGCAACAAACAAUGCACUUGAACUCAACAACCCAGGCUAAACUAGAUAUGUUUAGGAAACAGAAAGAAGCCAAAGAAGACGCAAUUCAAAAAGUCAUUGACAAACACGAGGAAGAACUAAGAACAAUGUUUGGCUCAUGUGGACCAACAGAUACACUCAAGCCAAGGGUUUCAAGUUUUCUUAAAGAAAAGCGAACCGAAGUCAAGAAUACAACUAUCAAUAUUCAGAAAUUAAAACAGCAACAAUCUUCCAAACAAGCAGAACAAAGAAUGACUUUAGAUGAAAUUGAAAAGUUGGAAAAUGUUAUUGCUGGAUACGAGAAAAAACUGCAGGAAACUUGUGGCGAUGAAGAAUAUGAUACUUUGAAAGAAAAUCUUUACAACGGCAUUGAGCAAGCAAAAAGUAAGUGCAGUCAGCUGUCGGCAUUCGAAACUAUCUUUAAGAAAUAUAUUACAACGAUGGAAGAAAAGAAAAAGGAACCAUGUUGUCCUUUGUGCCACAGACAGUUCGAUACUUUGAAGGACAUGCAAAAACUUGUGAAUGAGCUAAAAGAUAAAAUUCACAGAGUGCCGGAGAAAAUGGCCGCGCAACAAAAUAGCCUAGAACGAGAUGAGAAAAUGUACGAGCAGUUGCAGAAAUUACGUUCUGUUAAAGACAAUCUUGAGGAAUAUAAGAAUACAAAGUUGCCCUCAGCUAAAGAAAAAUUGUCUGAAGUAUCUCAACAAUGCGAAGAGCUUCAAAAUAAAAUCGAAGAGUUGGAAGACGUUCGUGCUGUGAUUGAGAGUGAAGAAAGCAGUGCGGGGAUGAUUGAACCUGAUCUCGUGAUGUUGGAAGAAAAUCAGAAAUCUUUGAAGUCGCUUGAUAAAGAAAUCAGCUUGCUUCAAGCGAAAGUACAAGGCGUGGCUCCAGGACGCAGUAUGCAACUGGUGACGAAUGAAAUAUCAGACUGUCAAGAUCGAGUGGAUGGAUUAAAUCGCGUUAUUGACAGGAAAAGAAACCAAAUUUCACAACAGGAGAGUCGUAUUGCUACAUUAACAAGCAACGUUCAUGAAUUAAACUCUGAAAAGUUACGUUUAAGUGGUGAACUGCAGCGAAGAUCUCAUCUUGAAGAACAAAAGGCUGAACUAACGGCUGUGAAUAUGGAAAAUGAGAGGGAAAUAAAGGAAGCGAAAAGACAACUGGAACCAGUGAGGGAAAGAUUAGAUGAACAUGAAAAUCAAUACAAGUCUCUGUCCAACGAGCAACAAGAACAAGUUGAAAAAACUAACGCGAAGCUGAAUGAGAUAAAGAGUUAUUCCCUUAAAUUUAAAGAUAAAAUGGACGAGAUUCGAGCAUACAUCGAUGAAAAUCGAGCGAGUGAGUUGGAUAAUGUUGAAGGAGAACUGAAGUCAAUUGAAGAGAAAAUUCAGAUAUUUAAUGAAGAGAGGAAGAAAUUAAUUUCGCGAUUAGAUAUACUAAAAGAUGACUUAUCAAAGCGAAAGGUUCGCAGUCGAGAACUUCAGGAUAACAUGAAAUUUGUUGAAAACGAGGAAAACGUGUCAAAAUUAGAGGAUGAAAUAAAUACAAUAAGAUCAGAACAGGAAAGAGUCGGGGAUAUUAACAAAUUACAAAGAGAGCAAAAUAAUUUGUCGAGAAGAUUGGAAGAAUAUCGCAAACAGAAAGCGACGUGCGAAGGAAUGCAAACUGGUCUUGAAAGAGAAAUUACAAGAUUUCAGAAAGAACUGCAAGACCCGAUGUUCAAAGAUGCUGACAGUAAACAUCGUAACAAACUCAUCGAGAUUAAGACCACAGAAAUGGCAAAUGAUGAUUUGGAUAAGUACUACAAGGCUUUAGACAGGGCUAUCAUGAAGUUUCAUAGCAUUAAAAUGGCAGAAAUCAACAAGAUUGUCAAAGAAUAUUGGAUCAAUACUUACAAAGGCAACGACAUUGAUACAAUUGAAAUUCGUUCUGAUGAAGAUCCUGAAACUUCUUCAAUAGCAGCUCGCAGAAGUUACAACUAUAAGGUCGUAAUGUUAAAAGAUGGCGUAGCAUUAGACAUGCGUGGUCGCUGUAGUGCUGGUCAAAAAGUUUUGGCGUCAUUAAUCAUAAGACUGGCACUAGCUGAAUCAUUUUGUCUCAAUUGUGGAAUUUUGACUCUUGAUGAACCAACGACGAAUUUAGAUGACGAAAAUAUUGAAAGUCUUGCAAGCCAGCUCAGUAGUAUCGUAAGUACUCGAAACCCUCAGAAAAAUUUUCAGUUGGUUGUGAUCACCCAUGACGAACACUUCGUUGAUUUGCUGAGUCAAGGAGAUUUCGUCGAAUAUUAUUAUCGCGUUGCCAAAGACGAGGGUGGUAUAUCGAGAAUCUACAAGCAGAGCACCUCAGGCGUUCAAGAAAGUUCUUAGUUUUUUAAAAAUAUUUAUUAGGUUUGUUUGACAUUUUGUUUGAAAGACACUUUAUUAAUCCAAGAAUGGAAAAUAUCACAGUCACAGACUGUAAAUGACAAACACAGGUUAAGGUUACAUAGUCAAACAUUCUCUUCAUGCAGCACAUGCAAUUACCUGAGAAUUUAAACUAUACUUACAAAGUAGUUGCGUUUAGUGGAUUGGUUUUCUACAGGAAAAUACAAACUAAAGCUCCCUGACAAAUUUUUACACGGGUUAAAUCUGUUGUUUUUCCCGAGAACGGAACAUCUCUGCGGAAAACCCUAACUGAAAUG